AUGACCCCGCAGCAACUAUGUGAGUUUGCUUGGGGCAUUUGCAAUGGAAACCAGCCAUUUCUUCGGGUAAUUACAUCAGAUUUUGCCAAGGGCCAAUUGGCAACUCUGCCACUCGAGUUCUUGGAGAAGACCAAAGAACGAGGUCUGAUAGCCACAUGGAGCCCCCAGGAGCAAGCUCUUGCCCACCCUUCAGUCGGAGUGUUUGUGAGUCAUUUUGGGACUAGCUCAAUGCUUGAGAGCAUUUGUUCUAGAGUGCCUAUGAUCGGUUUGUAUUUUGGUCAUGACGAUCAAGAGACCUGCCGGUAUAGCUGUAACCGAUGGCGUAUCGGGAUGAAGAUCAACGAGCAUAUGGAGAGGGAAGAAGUGGAAAGUCUAGUUCGUGAGUUGAUGGAGGGGGGCGUGGGUAAAGCGAUGAAGAGGAAGGCAAUGGAGUGGGAGAAACUAGAAGUUGAGGCCAAAUGUAAAGGCGGGUCUUCGGCGAAAAUCUUAUUUAAUUGUUCGUUUGCAUCGUCUUUCAAUACAGUAAAAACCUUAUUUAACAUUGUAUAA